AUGUUGACUCCUUCAACCCGUCGAGCGCAAUGCCUCUUCUGUUCAUUCCGAGCCUUCUUUGCAUCAGCGCCGAAGCGAUGUUAUGGCAAUAUCCGCAGCUUCUCUACCACCACUGGUCAGACAGACCGACAACAUCAUAAAUCCUCUCCCACUGCAAGAUCCGCUCUCUCUGAGUCUUCAAAGGCUCGCCGGCCAAGUCGGCGUCCCGCCCCAGAGACACUCCAGAUCUCACCCGACGCAAGUUACAACCGUGUUCGUGUUAGCUUGUCAAGAUUGAAGAAACGCUUGGAGUCCACAAAAGUAGCAGCAGAAUCAGAAGUUACACAACUUGCCGCGCUUGAUCCUUGUGGGACGUACUGGCCUGCGUUUAGAGAACAGCUCGAGAAUACAAUAGCUCCGCAGGGCGACUCCGGGAGUGCGGAUUUUGACGGACUGAUAUCUGAUAUUGGUCGUGCUCAGUUGGGCGAAUGGGAGACUGAACUCCCGAGAGUGCUACAUUUUGGCUUCAUCGAUUACGUCCUUUGGAGAAGGGCACAAGAUGCUCCGAAGGAAGGUUCGGCGCUCGAUGACUUGCAGUUCCCCACAGAGUGGUAUACCAAUGCUCGACAAGUGCAAAGAGACGUCCAUUUGCACAUCGGGCCUACCAAUUCGGGGAAAACCUACAAUGCUCUGAAACGUCUCGAAGAGAGCGGGGACGGGUUCUACGCAGGCCCUCUACGGCUAUUAGCACAUGAAGUGUACUCAAGGUUCAAAGCGAAGGGCGUCCCUUGUGACCUUGUCACUGGAGACGAUGUCAGGCUGGAGGAUGAUCCCAAUACGAAGCUACGCGCCUCAACUGUCGAAAUGGUCGAUAUCUCGGCACGGUUUGAGGUUGCUGUAAUUGACGAGGUGCAGAUGGUGGCUGACCAGGAUCGAGGUUGGGCCUGGACUCGAGCUUUGCUCGGUGCCAAUGCAAAGGAAGUCCACAUUUGUGGGGAGACUCGUGUGCUUCCACUUAUUCGGGAGCUGACGGCAUCCACUGGUGAUAUACUUCAUGUGCAUGAGUACAAGAGGCUGAAUCCGCUCAAGGUUAUGACAAAGAGCUUGCGAGGAGACCUCAAAAAUCUGCGCAAGGGUGACUGCAUUGUGGCCUUCUCGGUGGUAAAUAUACACGCGCUAAAGAAGCAAAUUGAGAUGGACACAGGUCGUCGUUGUGCCAUCGUAUACGGAAGUCUUCCUCCCGAAACCCGGGCGCAGCAAGCCGCUCUGUUCAAUGAUCCCAACAACGACUACGACUUCUUGGUGGCAAGCGAUGCUAUUGGUAUGGGAUUGAAUCUGAGCGUGAAACGCAUUGUCUUUCAUACCGUUUCGAAAUUCAACGGGACUUCGAUUGUGCGACUGUCCACGCCUCAGAUCAAACAGAUUGGUGGUCGAGCUGGGCGUUUUCGAAAUGCACAUCAGGCCAUGCAUAACACCGCAGCUGCUUCAGAGUCCAAUGUGGGAUUGGUCACGACUCUCAAUGACGAGGAUUUACCUCUCGUGCGGGCUGCUAUGGAAUCAGAAGCUGCACCGAUUAAAAGAGCCGGUAUGCUUCCACCCGCCGAGGCCAUGGAGGAACUCGAGGGUCGUUUACCCAAAGGGAUUCCCUUCGAAUAUAUCCUGAGGCGUCUGUGCGGGAAAGCUGCCACGCAUCCGCGAUUUCGAGUAUGCAGUAUUCGAGAUCAAAGUCGAAUUUCUCGAGUGAUCGAAUCUGUCCGAGGGUUGACCAUGACCCAACGCAUCAUGUUGACGGCAGCACCGGCCACUACAGCCUCGCAAGCAAUGGACGAGGUGAUGCGAGCCUUUGCGAGAUGUGUGGCAGAGCGCAGACAGGUGACGGUCGUCGACGUACCUGAAGUUCGAUUGGAGGUUCUUGAAAAGCCGAUCUCGGGAGACCGAGCAUAUCUGGUCAGCCUAGAAGACCUCCACAAGUCCCUAGUCCUGUACCUCUGGCUCAGUUACCGAUUUUUGGGUAUCUUCAAGGACAGGGAAAUGGCUGUAUACGCCAAAGAGCUGGUAGAGGACCGAAUCAACACCUGUCUCCUCGAGUUUUCUGCAAACCCCGACCUACGCAAGAGAGUUUUGUCAUACAAAAAGAGGUUCGCCCUUCCUCAAAUCGAGACCGAAGAAAGUGCUCCAGCAAAUCAAGGAUCUCAAUUGGAGCAACCAGAAGAAGCCGAGGCCCUUCCUAUGGACUGGAUUCGGAGCUAUCCAGCCGUUGAGUUCGAGGAUUCUCCGCCUUCACAGCCCUACAACGUGGCGCACGGAUGA